AUGUCGAACCCAGCAGGCGCCACCACAGCCGAAUUCGGCCAGCCCCUUCGCAAGUUCAAGCUCGUCUUCCUCGGCGAGCAGAGCGUCGGCAAGACUUCGCUCAUCACGCGGUUCAUGUACGAUACCUUUGACAACACCUACCAGGCCACCAUCGGCAUCGACUUCCUUUCAAAGACCAUGUACCUCGAGGACAGGACGGUGCGGUUGCAGCUCUGGGACACGGCGGGCCAGGAGCGCUUCCGCUCCCUUAUCCCCUCGUACAUCCGCGACUCGUCGGUCGCCGUCGUCGUCUACGACAUUACCAACCGCGCAUCGUUUCAGAACACGUCAAAGUGGGUCGACGACGUGCGGGCCGAGCGCGGCAACGACGUCAUCAUCGUCCUCGUCGGCAACAAGACUGACCUGAGCGACAAGAGACAAGUGACGACCGAGGAGGCGGAGAAGAAGGCGCAAGAGUUCAACGUCAUGUUUAUCGAGACGUCGGCCAAGGCGGGCCACAAUGUCAAGGUGCUGUUCAAGAAGAUUGCCCAGGCGCUGCCGGGCAUGGACAAGGACGCCGACGCGGCCAAUGGCGGUGCCGCCAACCCGAACAAGAACAUCGACGUGACCGCGCCUCCAACCCAGACGACUAUGGAGGACGGCUCGUCGUGCAAGUGCUGA